UUAGCAGCCAUCUUGGUGAAACUUUUGGCAUGUUCAAAUGCAAUAUUCCUAGCAAGACUUUACUCAAGAUCCCUUCUCAGAGACAAAAACCAGCACUAGCUCAAGAAGAUCAAUUUAGUGGCUUACCAUAUUCUCAGGAUAGAGAAUUGGCUAGUGAAUACUGUGUCCAAGUUGAAGAUGGAACAUUAGGCUA